GUUUUCCCGCUUCAAAUUCAAUUCACAAAACCAUUUCAAAAACAGUGUGCGGAAAAAAUCUCCAGCAAAAGCAACAAUGGCGAUCGGUCAAUUGGAAGGCUACCGGAAACUUGCCGCAAAAAUCGUUACGAUUCUCGAUGAAGUUCGGUCUUCGAACGCUACUCACAGACGCAAUCUCAAGGAACUCCUCGCUCUCCGCUCGCCAGCUCCGGCGGAAUUCUGCGCGGCGUUUUGUGAAGCCCUUAUACCUCUUUUCAAUUUCCAGCGGAAAACCUCCUCCUCUGAGCGUAUCAUCAAGUUCGUCUCCACUUUCGCUUGCUCGGGCAGCGAUAAAGAUGACUCUGGUGAUGAAUUUCUGGAGAAUUUCAUCAGGUUUCUUCUGGUGUCUGCAACCGCAGCGAAUAAGACUGCGAGAUUCAGGGUUUGCCAGAUUGUUUCUGAGAUCAUUAUGCGGUUGCCGGAUGAUAUGGAAGUGAGCAGUGAACUUUGGGAUGAGGUGAUAGAAUGCAUGAAGAUACGUGCGGGUGAUAAGGUCCCUGCAGUUCGAACAUUUGCUAUCAGGUCUCUUGCUCGGUUUGCAAAUGAUUCAGAGAACAGUGACAUUUUGGAGUUAUUCCUUGAGAAGCUGCCACUGGAGCAGAAUGGUGAUGUUCGUAAAAUUCUUGUGUUGUCUUUGCCUCCUUCAAGUGAGACUUUAUCAAUGAUAAUUGAUUGCACUCUGGAUGUGAACGAAUCCGUCCGGAAGGCUGCAUAUUGUGUUCUAGCCAGUAAAUUCCCAUUACAGAGCCUCAGCAUCAAGUUCAGAACAACUAUUCUUCAGAGGGGCCUUGCUGAGCGGUCUGCAGCCGUCGCAAAGGAGUGCUUCAAGAUGUUGAAGGACGAAUGGCUUGAAAAAUGUUGCAACGGUGACCCUAUUGAACUACUUAAAUUUCUUGAUGUUGAAACCUAUGAAUCAGUCGGGGAGACAGUUAUGUCCACUCUUCUAAAAGCAGGAUUAGUUAAAUUGCACGAUGGUCAAACUCUUCAGAAAUUCAUUACUCGGGGUGGUGAUUCAGCUGAAGCAGGACAAUACAGUCGUUCUGUUGAGCUAAUGGACGCAGAAGUUGCUGUUUUCUGGAGAGUGGUUUGUAAGCACUUGCACAUGGAAGCACAUAAAAAAGGCUCUGAUGCGGCUAUGACUAUGGGCACAGAAUCAGCCGUAUAUGCAGAGGAAGCUUCAGACAACAAUGAUCUUCUGGAUAGAAUUCUUCCUGCCUCAGUUACUGAAUAUGUUGAAUUGGUUAAUGCUCACAUUGCUGCUGGGGCAAAUUACCAAUUUGUAUCUCGGCAACUGCUACUUUUGGGUACGAUGCUUGACUUCUCCGAUGUUUCGAACAGAAAAGUGGCCAGUGAAUUUGUUCAGGUUUUGUUGCACAAAGCCCUUGAUCAUGAGUUGGAUGAGAAUGGAAAUGAAGUCAUCAUUGGAGACGGUUUCAAUUUAGGAGGGGAGAGAAAUUGGGCUGCUGCUGUAGCAGAAUUAGGUAAGAAAGUCCAUGCAGCCACAGGAGAGUUUGAAGAGGUUGUUCUUAAUGUGGUAGAAGAGCUUGCUCAGCCUUGCAGGGAGAGGACUGCAGAUUGGAAGCAGUGGCUGCACUGUCUUGCCGUGGUUGGACUUCUUUUGGAAAACACAACUUCAUUUCGUCAUAUGCAGGGAAAUGCAAUUGAUCCUACUGAAAUUCUUCAUUCUCUAUUACUUCCAGGGGCAAAGCAUUCCAACUUGGACGUCCAGAGGGCUUCUGUUAGAUGCCUUGGUCUUUUUGGUUUGUUGGAAAGAAAGCCUAGCGAGGAUAUAGGAAAGCAAUUAAGAUGUUCUUUUGUCAAGGGACCUUCUGCUGUAACAAUAAUGGCUUCCAAGGCAUUACUUGAUCUUGCAAUAUGGCAUGGCUCAGAUGAAAUGGAUAAAGCCACGAACUGUAGUCUCUCACAUAUCCAUGAUGAUGAAGUUUCCUCAAGCCCUUUUGAAUUUGGUGAUGGAAGUGAGGAUUUGGAUAUUGGACUGCUUGAUCUGUUGUGCUCGGGACUUGAACAUGACUGGGAUGAUUUAGAAGGGGUUGAAGAAAAUCAAUCAAUUCAAGAUGUUCUCGGAGAAGGUUUGGCAAAGAUCCUACUACUGAGCAAUAAAUUUCCAGGAUCACAUGCUUCAAAACAUCAUUUGUUAUUGGCUAAGCUCAUCAAACUGUACUUUAGUAGUGAGAAUGAGGAAUUUCAGAGGUUGAAACAAUGUCUGUCAGUUUUCUUUGAGCACUAUCCAUCCCUCUCCAUAAAUCACAAGAAAUGUUUAUCAAAGGCUUUCAUGCCAGUUAUGCGUUCCUUGUGGCCUGGAAUUAAUGGCAAUGUUGCAGGAUCCAACAUAAUGGUAUCCAACAUGCGUAAAAGUGCUGUCCAAGCGUCACGCUUCAUGCUGCAAAUGAUUCAAGCUCCUCUAUUAGUGAAAGAGACUACAAGCACAGAAGAUAAUAAAAAUGAGAAUCCUGGCGUAGAGACAGAUCUGUCACUUGAUUUCGAGAGUGGAGAGGAAGGACUAGCAGUUCGAAUUGCAGUAGAGGUGGCAAACUUGGAUGCUAAGAAGACAGCUGCACAAAAAUCAUAUCUGGCUGCUCUUUGUAAAAUACUUGUGUUGCUUCAGUUUCGAGUUUCAGAAGAGGGAGUUAUAAAACUCAUGAGGUGGAUUUUGAGUCGUGCAAUUACAGCUUUAUCAGUUGAAAAAGAUCUCACGAAGGAACUGAGGCAUAUGGCCGAACGCCUAAAGGCAAUAGACAGAAAUCCCGAUGAGCAAUUGUCCUCUGAGCAAACUACGCAGAUAUUAGAGAAGUUGGGACUAACAUUGAAGUUGGAGAAAGAUGAGUCAUUGGAAGCGGCCCCUACUCCAGCACCACAAUCAAACCGGCCAAGACGUGGUAGAAGAAGAGCAAGGGACAACGAAGACUCUUCCUCUGAUGAUGAAGUUUCUCCAGCUUCCGUGGUUCCCUUUACUCCUGCUGUGGUCAACAGUCGUUCGCAAAGGGCGAGCAAGACAGCAGCAAUGACCAGAAUGGCAGCCAAGACAACAAUUAAGAUAGAUGAGUAUGACGAUGAAGAGGCAGUGGCUGAAGUCACCUCAGAAGAUGAUUCUGAAGCUUCUGAUUAAUCUGCUCUAAGUCUUUAACGUUGUGAUCAAAUCUCUAAACUUUUGUCAAUCAUUUAUCGGCCUUUAUUGUAUUCUGAUUCUAUACUUGUUCAACCAGCCUAGUGUGCAUCUCGUGCAACUAGCAAACCUUAAUGUAUUAUUACUUAAACUGUCAAGUGUGUAAGUAUUGCUAAGACUGCUGAUUCAUGUCUCUUUUUAGGCCCAAUGUUCUAUGGGCCGCGCCUA